AGUCAAGCCCCAGAGAGCUGCUUGCAGAGCCACCUUGUCGUGCAGUCCCCGGUUCCUACAGCCAGAACCAGGUAGCAGCCAUGCUCAGCACUCAGGCGCCUUUCUUCUUCCCCAUGGGCCACUUCAUCCUCUUCGUCUUCGUGGCUUCCACCAUAUUUCACAUUCAGCAGCGGCUAGCAAAGAUUCAACGCACAGGGGAGUUGGUGCCGGCGAUGAGGCCAGCGCUGGAGACCAUGGAGAGAACCACCACCAACCAGCCACUCAUCCCAAGGGGUAUGUGGACGAUCAAUGCAAUAGGUCGCCUGGGGAACCAGAUGGGCGAGUACGCCACCCUGUACGCGCUGGCCAAGAUGAACGGCCGGCCGGCCUACAUCCCGGCCCAGAUGCACAACACCCUGGCCCCCAUCUUCAGGAUCACCCUCCCCGUCCUGCAUGGUGACACGGCCAGCAGGGUCCCGUGGCGGAACUACCACCUGAACGACUGGAUGGAGGAGCGGUAC